AUGAAGUACCAGGCCCUCCUUAUCUUUGCUCUCGUCUUAUGCAGCAGUCAAGGGGAAGGCCGAAUGUUAUGCGGGGGAAGACUGUCCGAAAUCGUAGCGUAUUUAUGUGCAAACCCGUUGACGAGUAGAGAAGAUUUCGCCAGUUUUCAAAUGAAACGAGCCGAGAACUCCUACAACUCAAUAACCAAUGCUGUCGACUGGCCUUGGAUCCAACAAAAUGAAGCUAAGGGGAUUAGGAACAAGCGUAGAAUCAUCGACGAGUGUUGCAAAAAGUCCUGUACUGUUGACGAACUCAUGGAAUAUUGUUAA